CCUUAUACAAUUGGAUUAUUUGACACAGCUCCUAUGGGUAUUUGGAAUGUUAUGUUUUCACAGAAACGUAUGGAUUUUUAGGAUACAUAUCCAGUCUGCAUUCAAAUGUUAAAAUGGUCACUUAAGAAUUCCAGGAUUUUAUUGUGGAUAUAAUUUCUACUGGUAACAACAAAGCUGUUAAUAUUGCCAUUUUGGCGUGUAGUCCGCAAUUUUUCAUAGAACACAUUAUAUUAUUGGUUUGUAAUGGGACUUGUAAAGAAAUUGAUUAUUAAACAAAUGUUAAAAUGGCUUGCCAUACCACACAUGACAGCAGCUUGGCAAAUAUUCUAGAGGCAGAACCUCCUUUUAAAACCUCAGUGGAGAAGUGCGUCAUUAGAGUGGAGAAAAAUGUGUCCAGCUGAUGCACUUUUUAUGGACAUUUUACAAAUGUGAAGAUUAAAAACACGAUUUACUGAAAGGAUUCAGGUUCUGACUUCCACUCCUUUCCAGCAGGUGGCGAUCACGCACCUGAAGCUGAAGUAACCGGAUGUGUGGUUUUUAAACCACAGCAUCACAGUGACGUCAUCGUAUUUACGAGGAGAAGAUGGCGGACGCGGUGACCGUCGGGGUGAAUCUGGACGCCUUUUCUCAUGCCAUCAGCGGGAUCCAGGCGUUGCGAUCCAGCGUGACGCGCGUGUUCGAGUCCCUGAAGGACGGCAUGAAGAACUGCGAGAUAGACCUGACAGACCGCGAGAAGAAGAACUGCGAGCUAGACCAGAUAGAACGCGAGAAGAAGAACUGCGAGCUAGAGCAGAUAGAACGCCAGAAGAAGUUCAUCACCGAGUUCCAGGACAACCUGCAGGCUGUCAACAGAGACCUGAACGAGCUGGAGCGUCUCAGUGGUCUGGUGGGCCGUCCCUCAGAGUCCCAUCCCCUCCACAACAGCGGCCUGCUGAGUCUGGAUCCAGUUCAGGAUAAAACACCUCUGUACUCUCAGCUGCUGCAGGCCUACAAGUGGUCCAACAAACUGCAGUAUCAUGCUGGCUUGGCCUCCAGUUUGCUGAAUCAGCAGUCACUCAAACGAUCAGCCAAUCAGCUGGGACCUUCAGCUAAAAGACGACCCAAAGUCCAGCCCAGCACUCUGGUCCUCCCUCUCCAGUACGUGGAUGACGUUAUCGCUCGGAUCGGCAGGAUGUUUCCUGAUAUGACCAUCGAGCUUUUCAGACCCAACGGGACGUCAGCUGUGCUGCUGGUGACGCUGGGGAAGGUGUUGAAGGCCAUCGUUGUCAUGCGCUCACUCUUCAUUGACAGAACGGUUGUUCGAGGAUUCAAUGAGAAUGUUUACACCAAGGACGGAAAGCUGGACAUUUGGACCAAAUCUCAGUAUCAGGUGUUCCAAAAAGUAACCGACCACGCCACUACUGCCCUGCUGCACUACCAGCUGCCCCAGAUGCCCGACGUCGUGGUCCGGUCCUUCAUGACAUGGCUGCGGAGCUACAUUAAGCUCUUCCAGUCUUCCUGUCAGCGUUGUGGACAUUUCCUGCAGGAUGGACUGCCCCCCACUUGGAGGGACUUUAGAACCCUGGAGGCAUUCCAUGACACGUGUCGGAUGUGAAUCUACACUUCCUGUUUCCAUUUGUGUAAAAAUAUUUAAAUAAAUGUGAUUUUUUUUAA